UAUUAUGAACGCAGCCUUAUGGUGUGUUUCUAAAGUCUGAUCUAACAACACGUCAUUCGAUAUGGAAAAAUAUAGAAGUUUCUAGGGGCAUCGAAAAGGUGCUAAUAAAGCUUUGAAYAGAGUUAAUCGAUUCACUAAGCUUUUACUCUGCUUUGAAGUAACGGUCGAAUUCAGAAUAUUAUUCAAGAUGGCUGAUAUGACACCAGAAAAUAGAUUCAACGCUUUAAUUCUAGACCUAGCAAAAGAUAUUAAGCAAGAAGAAUUCGAAGACUUGAAAUUCUUAUGCCAAGAUAUUCCUGGAGCAGGCAACACAACAUCGCCACGCGAGUUGUUUGCAAAACUUAAAAAAGGAGGAAAACUUAGCAUGCAGGAAACAGGAUACCUCGAAGMACUUUUAAACAGGAUUCAUAGAGUAGACUUAAAGAACAAGCUUCAGGAUUUUAUCGAUAAUGCUAACUGUAAUGAAAGACAUGGUGUCAAUGAAAGUCAAGGAGCACAGACAUGUGGGCUACCAGUAAAGCAGACUUAUUUCAUUGGUCGAGAUGCCUUAGUAGAGAAGAUAACCAAGGUGUAUAUCGCAGAUACGAAGCCAAUGGUAGCUGUCGUGGCACCACCAGGGUUUGGUAAGACAUGUGUAGCUACUCAUGUUGGUCAUGCUAUGAAAGAUAAGGGGUUCAAAGUCAUUUAUGUGUCCCUUCAAAAAAAGCAGUCUUGUCAUUUGAUGUGCCGUGAUAUCUUAAAAUCAAUAGAUUCAAAGAUUCCUUUCUCAGAUGAUGUUGUUCAGCAAACAAAAAAUCACCUCGAGUCCCUGAAGCAUAAAACUCUUCUCAUCCUUGAUAAUGCCGAAGAUAUUCAAAACUCAAGUUCUUCUCAUUAUGACUUUGAAAGUUUCAUUGAGUUCCUGGGAAGCCAUGCAGAGAAUCUGAAGAUAUUUUUGGGAACAAGAAAACGCAUGUGUACAAUAUACUUUGAACAUAAAUCAUUUAAACUCUCUCAACUUGAUGAUGAACCAUCUUUGAGCCUCCUUCUUGCUUUGGCUGAUGGCACAAGUUUAAACAUUCCGCAUGAAGAAAAUGAAAUGAAGAAACUUGCCAUCCAAUGUUAUGGUGUCCCACUUUUAAUCAAAAUUGCAGCUGAUUUUGUAAAGAAUGGAUACGAUCCAACRAAACUUGCAAAUGAUUUACAAAAGAAACCUUAUGAUGUUUUAAACUUGAAAGAAAAUGAACUGAUGAAGUUCUUGACCAACUCUAUCCAGGUUUUUCUGGACAGUCUUUCAAGAGAAAAGCUAGUAUGUUUGGUACAAUUGUCCUGUUUCCCUGCACAAUUCAUGGAGGACACUGCUAAUGAAAUAUUGUUUGAAGAUGAUGUGAAAUGUAGUGGCAUGYUGUCCUCUCUUCAUGCCAGUGCCUUAAUACAGCUGGAUGGAAAAAGGUACAGUCUACAUCCCUUGAUACAGACACUCUGUAGAGAGGACAAGGAACAAGAAAGRAUGAAGUGCAAARAAGAAGGGGAAAAAGCCACWGAAAAAUUCAGCUAUUACUAUUUUGAUGAAUUAAAAAAGCUUCAUUGCCAGUUUGUCAGCAAAGAUGGCUGCCAGAAAGCUGUAAAGCAAUUCUGGAGUUCCAAGAUGAAUCUACUUCAAGCACUUGAAAAUGCUUUAAAGUGCAAGGAUAACAAGAUGAAAGUUAAAUGUAUUGAUGYAUUUAAUGCAAGCAUCAAUCUGUUGGGCAAAAUCAUGCCUCCAAGUCGYUGUUUUUCAGUUUAUGAGCAGUUAUAUGAUGAAGCAGAGAGAAUUAAGGACAAGGAGAGAAUGAGUGAGUGCCUUGUUUCUCGUGGCUUUCGAUUCAUGUGCGAGGUAAGCCAUGGUAAAUUUUCCCAAGAUGCGUUUGAUGCUUUUGAUACAGCACUCUCUUUAUGGAAGAAUGAUUCUUUCAAGACCGAACAGUGCACUGAAGCAUAUGCACAUUGCCUUAGCAAGCAAGGCUUGUGCUACAUCUUCAAGGGAGACACAGAACAGGGUUGGAAAUUGAUAAAUGAUGCAAUCCCUAUCCGUCGUCAACUUGGCGACAAGGUGUUGUUAGCUGCUAGCUACUGUGAUAAAGCAAUUGCUUCCCGCUUCUGCAAUGACCAUGCUCAAGCCAUCGAAAUAUUUGAAACCCAAUGCCUUCCAGUGUACAAAGAUCAGUUAGGUGACCACCCCUGGGUAGCAUCACUACUUGACUACAUGUCCAAAUCUCAUCAAGAUCUUGGGUGUCUGGCAAAGGCCAUUGAAUGCAACCAGCAGUCACUUGAMAUUCGUGAGAAGCUACUAGGAGAUCAUCAAGACACAGCUAGAUCAUAUGUCCGCCGCGGUGAGCUGUUAGUACAGCAGGACAACAUGGAAGAUGCUCUUGAAGCAUACAGAAAAGCCGCAUCAAUACAGGACAGAGUGAUGGGUGUCCAUGAAGAAACUAAGUCCUCUUAUCAAGCUAUGGAAGAAAUACUUCGCAGACUAAACAGGAAUGAAGAGAGUCAACAGAUCACGGAACUUGUUGAAACCCACACUACUAAGCUAAAGAAUAUAAGAACAUUGAAAAGACAAAUAUCAGAGGACAUCAAAAGAAGAGCAGACUCGUUCCAGGACUGAACAAGGCCUGGUAGCAGUACUCAUCAGCUGCGCAUUCUUGCGUAAUAGUGUUUUCGGGUAAGGUAUGCUGCAAACCAGAAUUGAUAAAAAUAACUCAACACCGUCUAAAUGUUUAGUGUUGAGUUUUCUACUACAUAAAAAUGUUAGAUUGUGAGCCAAGGUUCGUUAGACCCGCGUUAGAYCCCCAGGCCUCUCAAAACCACGCCACAACAGGGGUCUGUUUUGAUGGCAAACAGGCCCCCCGCAACCAUGCUCACAACUGGCCAUGAUGGGGUAUGAUCAAGUGAUCACCAUAGAAAUCGAUCCUGCAUGUUAGUAUAUGAAAUAUUCAUACGUAUGGGAAGAUAUUGUGUCUCUAGAAACAUGCUGGGAUUACAGACCACGUGUCAUUCAUUAGAUCUAAGAUACGCAGGUAUACCGACCUGUGUUACUGGUAAACAAACAUGGCUGACAGCCACGUACUUUCUGUAUGAAAUAUUUUUUGAAAGAAAAUUUUAGUGUUAGGAAAUCAUGAAAUAAUUAUACGUAUAGUCAAGGGCGGAUCCAGGGUUUUUUGAAGGGGGGGUCUAAGGGGUAAAUUUUGUGGGCAAAGAAAUCCCAGUCGCAUUUUUGCCACAGGAAGCCCAUUUGACCUCAGGAAUGACAGGGGGGUCGCGACCCYCCCGACCCUCCCCCUGGAUCCGCCCUUGUAUAGUUCAUAAGUUAGAUCAUAGUUAUGGUUAUAUGAAAUUAGUUUUAUAAUUAAUUAGGAUGUUUGAACUUUUUUAACAAGCAUUUAUGACUCGCCGGCUCGACCUAGUAUUUUUUACAGAUUUUAAUAUCCUUUUGACUUUAAUUUGUAAGUCAAUUGGUCCAAGUUUAAAUCAUAUGUUUACUAUAAAAUGUAAAUUAAGAUAUCAUUCGAGCAUGAUACAUACAGUCAAACUGAGGAGAGUCCAAGUCAUUGUAAAUAAUGUGUGCAAAAUAGUCAUUGGUAGAAAAAAAAUAAAACCACGAUAAACGUCA